CACAUAACAACACGGCGACGGUCAACCGAGUUCAUCUUUAAGAUCAUUUUCAGGAGUUUUUUUCUUCCCUGUAAGUGUCAAGCCCACCAUAUCGAUCACCCUUUUCAAUCUUCUCUCUCAAAUAUUUAUAUAUAUUAAAAUAGAAACCCAACUCAUCAGAAGCAGCAACCAGAGAAGGAAAGGCGGCAACAGAGAAAACCCUAAAAAGUUACAGCGAAUCUACUUGCUGCUGAAUUCUGCAGUUUCUUCAAGUGUUUCUGAAGAUGAUGUCUGCAGGAAGAGGAUACAGUAAAAAGCCUGUGAAGAUUGUGAUAAUAAGUACACAGUAUGUUCAAACUGAUGCUGGGAGCUUCAAGUCGGUGGUUCAGAAGCUUACAGGGAAGGAUUCCCAUCAUCAUCAUCACCAUGUAGAAGAAGAACCUCCUCCUCCUCCUCCUCCUCCUUCUCGAAAAGAGGAUUCAAUAUUAUUAGAGCCCAAAGCUCAUCAGAGUCAUCAUGAGGUUUCUGGGGGUGGGAGUUCCCGCGUUUUUAUCAGAGACGUCUCCUUUAAGGAGUUCGAUAGAAUGUUCAGAGAGAUGCCACCAAUUCAUGAGAUCUGGUCUGGUUAUAAUCAGUAAUUCUUUUAUUUUGGUCCAAUUCAUUCUUAUUCUAUCAUUACAUGUCAUGAUGCAGAGAUCUAUAUUUUUCAUAUGUAUGAUUUUUAAUUCACUGAUAUAUAAUCUUUUGACGUAA